GGCAUUUUCAAAAUGACUCGCUACGCCCACGGCGGGCAGCGGCAAGGCGAUCGACGUAUUGCUACCAUUUGCAGCAGCAUUGCAACACGAUCGGGCGGAACCUGGAUGUGAUCAAUCUCGAGCCAGCGGCGGAGGAUUUCAAAUACGCGGUUGCUGCAGAUAUAAGAGAGCUUGUUCCUCUAGAGGAUGUGAUGGAAGAAUUUAACUAUGGACCAAACGGAGGCCUCAUCUAUUGCAUAUAUCUUGAGGAGAAUAUGGACGACUGGCUUGCGGAGAAACUAGAAGACUAUAUCGACGAUGACGUUGUCUUCGACUGUCCAGGUCAGAUUGAGCUCUACACACACAUCCCCGUGUUUAAAAGCCUCGUCGAACAACUUAAGCGCUGGGAUUUUAAUCUGUGCGCGGUCUACCUCCUUGAUUCUCAGUUUGUUUCGGAUGUUACCAAGUAUAUAAGUGGAUGCCUGUCGUCCUUGUCUGCUAUGGUCCAACUCGAACUUCCUCAUGUGAAUGUCCUCACGAAGAUGGAUCUCGUGGCCAAGAAAAGAGACAUCGAAGACUACCUUGACCCUGAUCCGGUUUUCCUACUGUCGGAGAUGAACGCAAAUACCGCUCCACGAUACGGAAAGCUCAACGCCGCACUCGCAGAAUUGAUUGACGAUUACAGGAUGGUCAACUUCGUCACCAGUGGACGUCACAAGCGAAGCCAGUAUCUUCUCUCCACU